AUGGCCGUUCGGGCGAUUCGGGCUCCAGUUCUGCUAUAUCUCGCUGUAGCGUUUACGGCUACUUUACAUGUAAUCCAUAGUGCGACUUUACCGAGGCUAACAGUGCCCAAUAAUGUACAUUCAGGCUAUGAAAUAGCCAGGUUGCGGCACGUUGGGCAGAAUUAUUCAAUCAAUGCGCUCGGUGAUGCCGCGAACAUUUUUCAAGUGUCGUCGGACGGCGUCGUAACAACGCGAAGAAAGUUAACAAAUCGUGCCAACACUGUAGUCGUUCUUGGUAUCGACCAAACGACAGAUACAAACUCAUGGCAGGAAAUAUUUAACGUUUACAUCAUAGACAUUAUCCCUGUUGAUGACAGUUUACGAUACGAAGAGAUUAUUCAAGAUGUGAUGAGUUUUGCAGCCUCAAAUGGGGGAGGUAGACUUCCGAGGAAGAGAAGAGAUACCCUGCCUGAAGUGAGAGCGUCAGUGAGAGAGGAUGUUGACGUUGGUACCCUAGUACUUGACAUCAAUAAUAUUCCAAGCGAUCCAACUAGAGACCGAUUCACAAUGAUUGAACCACUGAAUCCACAUUUUUAUGUUGAUUAUGGUACUGGUCAGGUCACUGUCCUCCAGUCAUUGGAUCAUGAAACCAACCCAGAGGAGGAAUUCACAGUGGAAAUCACUAAGGAAGGUGAUUCAGAUGUAUCAAACGAAGUACAUAUUGUAAUUACUGUUGAAGAUGUGAAUGAUGAGUCUCCUCAAUGGUCUAUGCCUGUGUACCCGUAUAAUGCAGUUGUACCUACCAAUGCUCCAACUGGUGUGUCCAUAUAUCAGUUACAAGCAAGUGAUGCUGACAGUAAUUCUCUGAAUUAUAACUUGGAUUCUACAUCAGAUGACCAAGGUUUGUUUGAAGUGGAUCAAACCACAGGCACCAUUCGUACCAAGUUACAAAGAGGACAGAGAUACCAGGAGGGAUUUGAGUAUAUCCUGAGGGUUAGAGCCAAUGAUGGUGUCAACUACAGUCCUUUAGCAUAUGUCUCUGUUAUUGGUGGGAGACGUCCACCACAGUUUGUCAAAGAAAGAUAUGAUGUUGACGUUCCUGAAAAUACAAAACCUGGUUAUGUUGUGGUUCGUGUUGAGGCAUUUUCCUUCACCCGUGGCACCGCAGUCACCUAUAAAUUCAUAUCACUAGGAUCAGAUCAGAUGGUUUUCACUAUUGGAACUAAAAGUGGUCAGAUAACAGUCAAUAAAGCUUUAGAUUACGAACAAGGUCCAAGACGGUAUAACCUGAAAGUAGAAGCUACAGAAGAAGGUUAUGAUGGCCUAUCCAGCUCUGUUGAUGUGGUAGUAACUGUGAUUGAUACAAAUGACUGCACACCCAGGUUUGAACAAAGUUUGUACACUGUUAAAGAUUUUCCUGAAGAUGCCAGUACUUAUGUCAAAGUAGUAACAGUAUUGGCAACCGACUGUGACAGUGGCACUAACGCACAACUUAGUUAUUCUAUUGAUAACAGUGCUUUUCAAAUAAACAACCUCGGAGAAAUCAGGCCAAGUGUAAAGUUGGAUUAUGAGAGUACCAAUAGCUUGUACACCAUAAUAGCAACAGCAAAAGACCAUGGAUCACCAAGUAAAACUGGUACAGCUACUAUUAAUGUUCGUAUCAAGAAUUAUAAUGAUGAGCCGCCUCAUUUUUCGCAAAACACAUACAAGUAUUUUGUAGCAGAAAAUGCACCAGAUGGAUUUCAGGUUGCCACGGUAAUUGCUACUGAUCCUGAUGGUGAUGUAGUGAUAUAUGGUAUCUCUGCUGGUAACGAAGACGGAAAUUUUGAAAUCAAUAAACAUACAGGUGUGAUAUCACUCAGGGCAACACAAGAUUUGACGCAAGCAUCUUAUCUAAUCAAUGUGACUGCCACAGACGACAGCUCUUGUUGCGAUGGCCUUGGUACCAUACACACAAGUCAAGCUUUGGUAAUAAUUGAAGUGAAUGAUGUCAACAAUAACAGACCAAUUUUUCAUAACUGUGCUAACUAUAAUCCUACUGUUGCUGAAAACUCACCUGUAGGAACUACCGUUACCCAGGUUUUAGCAACAGAUGCAGAUGUUGGUACUAAUGGACAAGUAGAAUAUAGUAUAGUUCGUAGAGAGACUGCUGAUCUCAAUUUCAGAAUUGAUCCUAAUCUUGGCAUUAUCACUACAGCUAGACGUUUUGAUCGUGAAGUGAAGCGUAUCUACGGUAUUUCAGUUGCAGCUACAGAUCUUGCACCAGAUCCUCUUAUUGGUAUCUGUCAAAUGAAUAUUGAAAUCACUGAUGUCAAUGAUAACAUGCCACACUUUGAGCAAAGAAGUUAUGAAUCAUCCCGAACUCAAGGUAAAUUGGCAAUACUAGCAUCACUAACUCAAGGUAAAUUGGCAAUACUAGCAUCACCAACUCAUAGUAAAUUGGCAGUACCAGCAUCACCAACUCAAGGUAAAUUGGCAAUACUAGCAUCACCAACUCAAGCAUCACCAACUCAAAGUAAAUUGGCAGUACCAGCAUCACCAACUCAAAGUGAAUUGGCAAUACUAGCAUCAUCAACUCUAGGUAAAUUGGCAAUACUAGCAUCACCAACUCAAGGUAAAUUGGCAAUACUAGUAUCACCAACUCAAGGUAAAUUGGCAAUACUAGUAUCACCAACUCUAGGUAAAUUGGCAAUACUAGCAUCACAAACUCAAAGUGAAUUGGCAGUACCAGCAUCACCAACUCAAAGUGAAUUGGCAAUACUAGCAUCACCAACUCAAGCAUCACCAACUCAAGGUAAAUUGGCAAUACUAGCAUCACAAACUCAAAGUGAAUUGGCAAUAUUAGCAUCACCAACUCAAGGUAAAUUGGCAGUACCAGCAUCACCAACUCAAAGUGAAUUGGCAAUACUAGCAUCACCAACUCUAGGUAAAUUGGCAGUACUAGCAUCACCAACUCAAAGUAAAUUGGCAGUACCAGCAUCACCAACUCAAGGUAAAUUGGCAAUACUUGCAUCCCAAACUCAAGGUAAAUUGGCAAUACUAGCAUCACCAACUCAAGCAUCACCAACUCAAAGUGAAUUGGCAAUACUAGCAUCAACAACUCAAGGUAAAUUGGCAAUACUAGCAUCCCAAACUCAAGGUAAAUUGGCAGUACCAGCAUCACCAAAUCAAAGUGAAUUGGCGAUACUAGCAUCACCAACUCAAGCAUCACCAACUCAAGGUAAAUUGGCAAUACUAGCAUCACCAACUCAAGGUAAAUUGGUAAUACUAACAUCACCAACUCAAAGUGAAUUGGCAAUACUAGCAUCAACAACUCAAGGUAAAUUGGCAGUACCAGCAUCACCAAAUCAAAGUGAAUUGGCAAUACUAGCAUCACCAACUCUAGGUAAAUUGGCAAUACUAGCAUCACCAACUCAUAGUAAAUUGGCAGUACUAGCAUCACCAACUCAAAGUGAAUUGGCAAUAUUAGCACCAACAACUCAAGGUAAAUUGGCAAUACUAGCAUCACCAACUCAAGGUAAAUUGGCAAUACUAGCAUCACAAACUCAAGGUAAAUUGGCAAUACUAGCAUCACCAACUCAAGGUAAAUUGGCAAUACUAGCAUCACAAACUCAAGGUAAAUUGGCAAUACUAGCAUCAACAACUCAAGGUAAAUUGGCAAUACUAGCAUCACCAACUCAAAGUGAAUUGGCAAUACUAGCAUCAACAACUCAAGGUAAAUUGGAAGUACUAGUAUCACCAACUCUAGAUAAAUUGGCAGUACUAGCAUCACCAACUCAUAGUAAAUUGGCAGUACCAGCAUCACCAACUCAAAGUGAAUUGGCAAUACUAGCAUCACCAACUCAAGCAUCACCAACUCAAAGUGAAUUGGCAAUAGUAGCAUCACCAACUCAAAGUGAAUUGGCAAUAUUAGCAUCCCAAACUCAAGGUAAAUUGGCAAUACUAGCAUCACCAACUCAAGAUCAACUACGCGAGGACACACCAGUUGGGACUAGUUUUCUCCGUGUUGCGGCUCAGGAUGCUGAUACUGGUUACAAUGCUGAAAUUUCAUAUUCCUUGUCUGAUGAGGAAUACUUUAGUGUAAACAAUGCUACAGGCUGGGUUUAUGUCAAGAAUGCUAUAUAUCUAUCUCAGCUGCCUUUCUUGACUGUCGGUGUAUAUGGUCUGCUUUUGUAG